UGCACAGUCUCGUGCAAUUCUCCUUGCGAAGAGGGAGCCUCCUUGCAAGUUGCAGCUGGAGGCAGGCUGGAGAUGGCCCUGGACAAUCUCAUCGAGAUUUCAAUUCCCAAAAGCUGUGCAUGUUGUGUUUAGAGAUGCUUUGAUUGCCCCCAUCUUUCUGAGCUCGAUUGGUCCGAAUCUUUUGCGGGGCAGCGCCUUUCAGAAUACACAGUUGCAAGCCUCAAUUAACGCCACCUUUGAGGGGACUGGUUUUAAAAGAUCAUUUGUGUUCAUUCUAGCGGAAACUCUUUUAGAAAUCUGUCUGCAACUGCGGGGCCAUGCCCAGAAGCUGAGGUCCAUGGUGGGGAUAAGCCCGGCCCGUCUCCUCUGCGCCAUCACAACACUGCCGCUGCUUCUGGCAGGGUUUGCCUUCUUCCUGCAGCAGCGCGAUGGUUAUGAUGACCCCAAGAGGUUAUCCCGGCUGUACGGAGUGGAAGAGCCGAUGUUUCCGGGGGGUGCCGGAAAAGCUCCCGGCCAGGUUGCCUUAGACUGCUCAAAGAGCGGAGACGGGGGACGCCGGAUGCCCGUCUUCCCAAACGGCGUGAACGUGUCUUUGCAAGACGUCUCUGCCGGGGGGCCGAAGCUGGCAAUUUGCACGAGCACGUCUGCAGGACUGGAUCAGGUCUUGCCGUGGCUCUUCUAUCACAAGGCGCUCGGCGUCAACACCUACUUUCUGUUCGUCGAGGGGAGCGCCGCGCAGCCAAACAGUACCACAGUCCUGGAAAGCAUUCCGGGAGUCAAGCUCGUGCCACGAACUAAGGAGCUGGAGGAUCAGCAGGCCAAAAGCCGCAUCUGGAACGAGAACUGGCUGUCGGGCUUCUUUUACCAGCCGUGCAACUACGAGCUGUUUGUGAAGCAGAGCCUCAACAUGGAGAUGGCCAUCGUUAUGGCGCGGGACGCGGGCAUGGACUGGAUCAUCCACGUUGACACCGACGAGCUGCUGAGCCCCGAGGGCACGGAAGACUUCUCCCUGACGCGGCUCCUGGAGGAGGUUGCGCCUGACGUCGAUCUGGUAGUGUUCCCCAACUACGAAACGAUCAUCGAGCGGGUCGAUGUGGGGGAUCCCUUUGCGGAGGUGACCGUCUUCAAGAAGAACUUUGACCACGUGCCAGACGCGCUAUACUACCAGCACUACCAGGAGGCCACCCGGGGCAACCCUAACUACUUCCUAACCUACGGGAACGGCAAGUCGGCGGCGCGGGUUAUCCCCGGGUUAAGGCCGAAUGGGGCGCACCGGUGGCACAACUACGACAAGGUUCCGGUGGAGAUCACGCACGAGACGGCCCCGGUUCUGCACUACACGUACGCCAAGUUUUCGGACCUCAAGACGCGCAAGAACCGGUGCGGCUGCAAACCGACCGAGGAGGACGUCAAGAAGUGCUUCAUGCUGGACUUCGACCGACUGGCCUUCAUCGUGGCGUCCACCGCGAGCGAGGAGGACAUUUUGCAGUUCUACAAGGACCACGUGGUUUGGAGUAGGGAGGAGAUUGACAGCCUGGUGUCGAAAGGGCUUUUUGGACGGCUCUACACACCCCAGGUUAUCAUCCGGGGCAUCCAGUCAUCCGGGAUCUUGCAACGCACCAUCGCGGCGGCAGGCGUGGCGCUCGACGAGCCGUUACCGGCGCUGGUGAAGCACGUGGCGAGACGGUCCAUGACGGAAGCAUCGCCCGGGGAUGAGAAACGGGUCCCCGGGGUGGCUGCUCUGCGAGCUGCCAUAGAGAAGCAGCUGACGAAACCGAAGACCCAGUUCCUUGAUAAGAUGUUGGGGCGGAAAGGGAGCAGCGCGUGGCGGAGGAGGGGCGGAGAAGAGUCUGAUGGAGGAGUGGGGGGAAAGAGUGGUGGGCACGAAGAAAGUUGGGGCAGACUCGUCAAGCCGGGGUAGUGUUCGUCCUCAAAAGAUGAAAAAAUUGCGUGCACUAGGUGCAACCUAGGUAGGGCAGCUUGCAUAGGCCAUCCGUUCAAGUUGGGCGAGCAAAGUCCAUUUUCAAGCCGCGCUUUAGCGAAUGCAAGCUGAGAGGAUCAUCUGCGUGCACCAGCACGCUCUGACCAGGAUGUUGACUCAUUCCUUGUACCAUAUGCGCUCUCACAACUAAUGUCGGUCAUUGCGAACGAAACUGUGGACCGUUGGUUUUGACCCUGAGGUUUCUCUAGCUUCAAUCGGAUCCACGUGGGCUUAUGAAAUCGAAAGACCUUCAGUGACUGUUUCGUUUCUGCAAGCCCUUGUGGCAUUGGAGCAGCUCGUGAUAGCAGCCGCUGCUUGGCCUAUUACGCAACUGGACCACUUCGGCCACGGUGGAAUUGGCACUGAGGACACAUCUCGGAAAGGUUUGAGGGACGGCAAAGCUACGGGCCC